CUGGCAAUACUGUCCUGGCUUGCCGGUUCUUUGCGUUCCAUAAUGUUGCUGUAUUGCAUAAAUCGGUUACGGCCGUUAUAUCAUGUAGCGUUACGGCAUUUUCUAAGGUAUCGAUAGCGGAAUGAUCGAGUCGGUGAGACAAUACUCGAUUGCAAUGUUCAAUUAAUAAAUACUUUUUGCAAUAGAACUUUCUCACAGUAUGAAUUGCAGUAACAGUCUUUUGUAACAGUGCGUCCUUAUUUUGAUUGUGGGGCAAGUAAAAGUGGUUUAAUAUUGUUUACAAAUAUGUGGAUCAAGAAAUAUUAAUUUGUUCAUUACAAUAAAAUACAGCUACAAUACUGUUGGCCACUUCGUUGGCUACGAGUGUAAUACCUAGUUGCAAUUUAGAGUGCAAUAUUGUUAUGUCGCUAGUUUCGUGAAGACAUGCUACAAAAGCGAUCCAAAUUUCGAAGAUUGCUCGCGGGAAGCCGUGCAGCAGUUGUUCAAUGCGCUCGGUCCAGGUCUACCAGAUAUCGGAAUGGAACCUUUAGACCCCCUCAAAAUACCUAAAAUAAGGAUUUUGCAAGGUGACGGUCCUGUUAACGUCAAUGCUGCUUUGGAUGACGUCACGGUUACAGGUUUUGGGAAGACGCAAGUGUUGUCGAGUCAAGUGGAUGGCAAAACCUACGAUUUUCAUACAAAGGUUCGAGUUCCAAAAAUAAGAAUAGAAGGCACUUAUGACCUGAAAGGAAAGAUUUUAUUAAUUCCUUUGGUUGGUCGCGGUGUAUGUUGGUUUGAGCCGACAAAUAUGACAAUUGAUAUCAUCAGCGAUGUUAAAGUGUACAAUAAGGAUGAAUUUGUAUUUUUCAAUGUCACUGGGGCACAUGUCAAGUAUGCCAUCGGAGGGUUAAAAUUACGCAUGAACAAUUUGUUCGACGGCAUUGAGUCGUUGGAGGAGAGUACUAACGCCUAUUUGAAUGCUAAUUGGCGACCUGUCUCCGAAUCUUUGCGGCCGAUUUUAUCAAAGACUAUAGAAGAUAUUUUACUUGGUUUUAUGCAAAGAUUAUUCAAUAAUUUACCUGGAGAUUUCAUGAUCGGGGACGUGAAAAAUAACUUGCCAAGUAAAAAGACGGAUAAGAAAGUAUAAUUAUUAUAGUUUUAAGUUACAAAAAAUUAUUUAAAAAGAAUUAGUUACAUUAGGAUUAUUCAGAAAAUGUCUUAACGUAAUUUUAAAUUAAUUCUGAAGUAUCUUGACGUGAAAUAUUAUACCUAUGUGUAUGAGUGUCUGUAGGUACAUACUUAUUUGACUAUUCGUUUAUACUUACUAAAGUAUUUCAGCGUGAUAUUUAGGUAAAAUACUUUGAAACCUGAAUCUCAAAUCUAAUUAAAAUCUAUUGGAAACUGAGCGAGAUGUAUGAAAUUCGAAUGAAGUUGCGUUACCUUGACUGAAAAAUGGUUGUGUUGUGUAAAUACUGAAAACUAUAAACACCGA